AUGAUAAGGAGUUCCGUUUUCCUGAAAUUUGGACGUUUUGACGUGGAACAUCCGGCGGAAAACCUGUUUCAGAACGAUUCGCUCUGGUAUACUACGUUAGAACCAAAGCGGUACAUUUUAAUGCACGAUGCAGUGCUCAAAGAAGAUACGAAAUCCAUAAUAGGAGCUAUCCGCAGUGGAUAUCACGUUGAUAUUCGUGACCAAUACUACAAGACGCCCUUAAUGGUCGCUGCUAGUGAUGGAAACAUCAAAAUGACGAGGCUACUAAUCCAGCUGGGCGCAGAUGUGAACGCGCGAGACAAUUUCUGGUGGUCACCUCUGCACCACGCCUCUCACUCUGGUAUGGUGGAUGUGGUGGAGUUGCUUCUCGGGCAGGGCGCUGAAAUCGACGCCCGGGCUCUCAAUGGGGCAACACCCCUGUUCCGUGCAAUUGAAACCUCGCGUGCAGCAGUCGUCAACUUGCUCAUUACUAAGGGCGCAAGUAUAACUCUCGAAACGACACAAGGUGUGUUGACUAAACCCCCUCUCCAUGCGCCUAAAAAAUUCCUCCUCUUUUUAAUUAAAUAUCAGCGUAUAAAUAUGGAUUGUAAGAGGCUCACUGAUCUGGUUGAGGGACAAGAAUGUCCCCUUGCGCCCUCGAACUCAUUAUAG